AUGAACCCUGAUGGUUUUGCUGGGCCUUCUGAGAAGGUCGUGAAGCCGCUCACCCCCGAAGCACUAGCAGCCUUCAAGGCUGCUCAAGAAAGGGCUGGAGUGCUCUACAUCUCGCGCAUCCCACCGGGUAUGCGACCUACCAAGGUCAGGCACAUCAUGAGCGCGUAUGGGGAGGUCGGGCGGGUGUAUUUGCAGCAGGAAGAUGCAAAACGGGCAUAUCUGAGGAGGAAGUAUACAGCGACAAAGAAAGCACACUUCACUGAGGGUUGGGUCGAGUUCAAGGACAAGAGGGUCGCACGUUCCGUCGCAGAGAUGCUCAAUGCUCAGCCUAUUGGUGGCAAGAAGGGCACUCGCUGGCGCGACGACGUAUGGACCAUGAAGUACUUGCCCAAAUUCAAGUGGAAUAUGCUCACGGAGCAGAUCGCCCAUGAAGCGGCGGCGCAUGCGGCACAACUACGCGUUGAACUAUCUCAAUCUCGACAAGAACAACGAGAGUAUCUCAGGAAUGUAGAACUCGCCCGAGUACUUGACAAGCGUGCUGAACGCAAACGCAAAGCUGGCGCCGAUCCUGACACUACUACAGCAAUAUCGGCGCCCCAGCCCUCGCAGAAAAGCGAGGGCAGGCCUGAGCGUCCUCCACAGACGAAGCCCAGGAAAAAGCAAAAACAACUACCGGAGGAUGGGGUAGACACGAGGAGUAGGCAAUUAGACAGUGUACUGAAUAGUAUCCUUUGA